UCUCACGAGUGGAGCCUGCGAAGGGGCACGUAAUCUAUCGGAACUAAAGCAAACUCCUCUCGGGGACUACGAGACCAACUUGAACAUGAGCGCAGGCACGGUGUUGGCGAUACUGUUCUCCAGUGGCUCUACGGGAUUGCCGAAAGGUGUGGUUCUGACUCACGGGAACCUCAUAAGCCAUGUGGUAGCUAACUGGUACAUGAACGACCCUCCGGUGCUUGAAAAAGGCGACAUUUACCUCGCCAUACCGCCGAUCAUGCAUGUCGGUGGAUUCUGGUCAGCUUUUUGCUACCUGGGACUUGGCUGCGAAUUGGUUCUCGUUCACACAUGGGACUUCGAUGUCAUCUUGCCCGCCAUCGAAAAAUACAGGGUGGUUGAUGUGAUCACCAGAAAGCCUCUGGGACCUGAGGAGAGAGGAGAAAUAUGCAUCAAAGGCCCCUGUACUUUUCUGGGCUACCUGAACAAACCGAAAGAAACUGCUGACGCCUACGAAGAUGGCUUCCUUUGUACCGGUGAGCCUUUCUUUGUGUUUAUAUUUUUUAUCGUGACAGCUUAUUUCUUUCCUAAGUGUCAUAAUGGCUGUUUGACAAAUUGUGACAUGGGCUACUACUCGGCCGACGGCCGCAUCUUCGUGUGCAGCCGCUACAAGGAACUGAUCAAGUGCAUGGACCAGCAGGUGCCACCGGCCGAGAUCGAAGAGCUACUGGCCGCCGAUUCUCAAGUGCAGCACGUGGUUGUGGUAGGAGUACCGCAUGAGCAGUACGGAGAAGCCGCCAGGGCAUUCGUUGUUCUGUGGCGCCGCCCGGAGGGGCCCGUCGAAGAGCAGCGGGAAGCGGACAGGCUCAAGCAACUUGUCGCUGAGAAGCUGUCCCACCACAAGCACCUUCAUGGGGGUGUAGAGUUCCUGGAGAGCAUCCCUCAUACCGGGAGCGGUAAAGACCGGCGACAAGAUCUAAAGAAUUCUUACUUGCGUAAAUGUGGCCAAGCAGUGAAGAACGAGCUUGAAUGAAAAAUACCGCUAUCACUCGUAUACUGCGUGUGCUGCAUACACGGAGCCGAAGAAGCCUUCCCAGUACAGCAGCGCGGCCCCCUCCCCUCCCAACAAUAUGCCCAAGUAAAUACAACGAGCCUCAUUAAAAAGUGCGACUAGAAUACUAAAAAAAAUUAAUGGCCUGUCUUAAGUGUGUUCAAGGUCUCUAAGGAAGCUCGUUUGUUAUUUCUGUGAGGGUACUCGUCCAUAAUAAUUGUUGAUGUAAAACACAUGCUCGGUUUGUUGUUUAUUUAAUAACUGUAGAUAGACGGGAAGGUAAGCUACAUUGGAGAGCCGGCAAUCUCAAGACACAAUUCAGAAACUGAGGCCAGCCCUUUGCCUAUCUCACGCGCGCACAUGUACUCCAAACACAUAAACAUACUAAGCCUAGAAAAAAUACCGGAACUUAAGGAAAAUAAUGCAGUUAAAUUGAUGCUAAGCAUCCGCGGUGAGUAGAGAAAUUUAUGUGAACUGUGCGUUAAGAACACUUUUACUCGCGCCCACGAAGAUCAUUUUUCAGGGAAUCCUAAAGUGAAGACUCAAUGUAAGCAGAAAUCACGAGAAUCUGCAAUCAAAUCACAUCAGUCAGCUUGCUCUGCACAAUAACAUCCCCUACGCUGUCAAACCAUGACUAUGAUCCCAGAUAAUGGCUCUAUCCGAAUUCUCUACCUUAUGUACAAGUAACAGUACUGUGACGCGAUGGUUUAGCUCGCCAAGAAAGCCUUGGAUUAGUGAUUUUUUAGUACGGUCCAUUACAAAAAAGUGUUAAUCUUCGUAAGAAACUUAAAGUCCAGCCUUUCAAUAAUGCGUUGCGAUUGCGCUUCCACACUUAUUCAAAUGUUCUAACAGCUACUUUAAAAAAAUGCAAAGCGUAAUUACUACGAAAAUAAAAUAAGAAAAAAUAGAAUUGAUGCCAGACGAAACUGGCAGGUUAUUAAAGAAUUCUUAAACAUUAGUAAAACUAAUAAUCCCGUAUCGUGUGUGAACCACGAUUCUGCUAAUAUGACUGACCCUCAAGACAUCGCUAAUGUUUUCAGUGACCAUUUUAGUAUUGCCGACGGUAGUCAGCCUGAUUCAACGUUGCUUAGUUUUCCGCGCUGUCCUGAUUCAUUUUACCUGUUCCCCACAAUAUCGCUAGAAGUUUGAAGUUUAUAUUAUCAGUUCUCUUAAAACAACCGGUUCAGGCCUCGACUUGAUACGCCCCUCUAGCAUUAAGCUUCUGUCUAACGAAAUCUCACCUGCGUUAGCACAUAUAGCAAACAGAUUAUUUAUAGAUGGCAUCUUUCCUAAUUGCCUCAAGACAGGUAAAGUAAUCCCAGUUUUUAAAAAAAGGUGACCGUAAGUGCAUGAGUAAUUAUCGUCCUAUCUGCAUUUUAUCUUUCUUUAGUAAGGUGAUCGAAAAACUAAUACACAAUCGCUUAACUAAACACUUAUCCAAAUUUAAUCUUUUAGUUUCUGAUCAGUUUGGUUUUCGUGACAAUUUUUCAACUGAACUAGCGCUUAUUACUUUUACUGAGAGGAUUAAAUUAGCCAUCGAUCAAGGUCUCUUAGUCGGUGCUCUCUUUAAGGCGUUUGAUACAAUUAACCAUCGUAUUCUUAUGGCAUUUCUGGCCUGCCUUUACAAUUAUUUGGCAACUACCUAAAGACCGACCAUAUAUAGUCGAAGUUAAUGGUGUCUUCUCAUCAAGAACUAUAAAUACAGGCGUCUCCCAGGGAUCAAUACUUGGGCCACUUUUAUUUCUCGUAUUCAAUAAUGACUUGCCAAAAAUAUUACCACAUGCGCACUGCUUUCAUUAUGCUGAUAACACCACUGUUUUCGCAUCUGAUAAAAAUUUAUUCACAUUGCAGGAUAAACUUGGCGCUGACCUAGCGAAUGUUCAUUACCUAACCAUUAACCCAUCUAAGACAACAUUUACAAUAUUCCAUUCUUCAAAAACUUUGCACAUUGACUAUAUUGUAGUGCCUCAAAAUAAUAAUGUAUUUGCAAGAUCCGCGUCUACUAAAUUUCUUGGUGUAGUUCUAGAUGAGAACCUAAAGUUCCAGUGCCAUAUUCAAUCACUUAUUCAAAAAAUCGCAUUUCGUAUUCGCAUCAUCAUAAAAACUCGGCUCUUUCUUUCAGAAAACCAAUCUCACGUCUUUUAUAUUACGCGUACAUGCACAGUCAUCUCUCAUACUGCCGGUAAUCUUGGGGUAACACAUAUGCCACACAUCUUCAUCGGCUAGAACUUUUGCAAAAGCAGGCAUUAAAAUUAAGUGCAUUCCAAUCGCACAAAUCUCCCUCUGCUUCCAUAUUUCGUUCCCUAAAUUGUUUACCUUUACGCAUGUUAUUCAAUCAUAAGCUGUCAGUACUUAUGUUUCGUCUUAUAAAUACUGAGUUUCAUAUUCGAGGUUUUACUCGCUCUAGCCUCAUCAAUUAUAACAACACAAGAUUUUAAGCGCAACUCAAUCUUCUCCUUCCAAAAUCAAGAACCAAUUAUGGGAAAUUUACCGUCGCGUUUUCAGGCAUUUCUGUUUGGAAUUCAAUACCAUCUGAUAUGAAGUCAUCUACAUUAUUAUCACUCAAGCGUAGAACGAAGGACCAUUUCAUGAACACUUUAUCUGACGCAUAGUAUAAUUUAACGAACCUAGAAUUAAUUAGAUUUUGUUCUGCGUUACGAUUAUGCAAUGUACUGUUCAAUUACCAAGUCACUGAAUCUCGCCUAUAACUGAUACUUCUCCUCGUUGUUAGUUUUACGUGCCAUUUAUCCUCUUUUGAAUUUGUGCGAGUUAUUUUUAAGAUUUCUUCAAUUAUUUUUCUUUAUUUUUAACUGUGUGAUUAUACUUGUGAUAUUUUAAUAGAUUUUUUUCUCCCUUACCGUUUAUUUCCGAUGUUGAUGUAGAAUUUGUAUAACAUAUGACAUGGCUCACUGUUUGCCACGAUCCCACGAUCCCCUUUUAAUGUCUUGUUAGGAGGUCCCCACGACAGUUGUUACUUCGGGACCUCCGAAUGUUUACUUAUACCCAUCUUGUAUUUUAUUUCGUCAAAAAUAAAGAUUGAUUGAUUGAUUGA